UUUGCCAAGCAAAAGUAAUCAAAAUGAUACUGCAUGUCAACAGUUUUAUGUCAGCCUUUUCCCUGUGCGAAAUUCCGGCUUCCAGAUUUCUACAGGCGUCGCUCUUUUCUUUUCCGUCCACCGCCUGACUGUCAUGACUUCGAAUACCGGGUUCGUUGAGCGCGUACAAGACUUCGCCGCAGAGAACAAGAGGGCCAUCCUCAUUGGAACAGCAGCCGCUGCUAUCGUUGUGGGCGGAGCUGUCUACUACGCCUCAACAUCCAGGCCCUCAGAAGGGACGGACUUGGAAAAGGGUGACAAAAAGGACCGGAAGAAGUCGUCGAAAGGAACGAAGAAAAAGAAGUCCGUCAAGGACAAGGAUGGUCCUAUUCUCGAGGAGCGGAAGUCAAAGGUCCAGGAGGAACCCGGCGACGACGCCGUGCUGAACGACGAACAAAUUGCUGCCUUGUCGACGGAGGAACGGACAGCACUCGCGACUUCGUACAAAGCCAAGGGUAAUGCAGCCUACCAACAGCGCCAGUUCACCACGGCCGUCGAACUAUAUACUCGCGCCAUCCAGGUCUCCCCAAAACCUGAGCCUGUAUUCUACAGCAACCGCGCUGCGUGCUACAUGAACAGCUCCCCUCCAAAAUAUGAACUCGUCAUCGAAGACUGCAACGAGGCACUCAAAUUGGAUCCGAAAUACAUCAAGGCAAUGAAUCGCAGGGCCACGGCCUUUGAAGCACUUCAGCGAUACGAAGAAGCCCUCCGCGACUUCACCACCUCUACGAUACUCGACAAAUUCACUAAUAAGUCAUCCGGAGAAUCUGUGGAACGUGUAUUGCGCUCCCUGGCUUCAAAUAAAGCGGCCGACAUCCUCGCACACCGGCAAGCUCGCCUCCCUUCCUUCACCUUUAUUUCAGCGUACUUUGCCGCGUUCAGGCCCAGAGCGCACCCGACACUACCAGAAAACCCAUCACAGGGAGAUAACACACUUCUGCUCGCUCUGCAGGCCCUCGACGCGUCAGACUACGCCCACUCAGUGACCUUGGUGAACGAAGCUCUCGAGCAGGGUAUUUCGUUUCCCCUCGGAAAAGCGGAGGCUCUCAAUCUUCGUGGGACUUUCAAAUUCCUCACGGGCGAGAUCGAGGGUGCAAAGUCUGACCUUCAAGAGUCAAUUGACAUCGAUCCGUCGUUCACGCAGAGCUUGGUGAAGAUUGCUAGUGUGUACAUGGAACAGGGAGACCCCCAGAAAGCUUUCGAGUGUUUCGAGGAUGCAAUCAAACACAACCCUGAUGAUCCCGACAUUUAUUACCAUCGCGGUCAAGUUUUGUUUAUCCUUAACAAGUUCAAGGAGGCCGCAGACAACUAUACGAAGUCUACCGAACUGGACAAUAAGUUCGUAUUCAGCCACAUACAAUUAGCUGUGGCAGAGUAUAAGCAAGACAACGUUGCGAAAAGCAUGGGACUAUUCCGCCGGACGAUGGUUGCGUUCCCUCAGCGGAGUGAACCGCAAAAUUACUACGGCGAGCUAUUGCUCGACCAACAACGGUACCCCGAUGCCGUAGAGAAGUUUGAGCGUGCCAUCGAAUUGGAGAAACUUAAAAAGACCACUUCCCCGCCGAAUGUCCUGCCUCUCGUGAAUAAGGGUCUGGCGUUAUACCAGUGGAAGCAAGAUAUCGGCCCGGCAGAGCGCUGCUGCAACGAAGCUCUCCGAAUUGACCCGGACUGUGAUGCCGCCGUGGCCACCCUCGCCCAGCUUAGCUUACAACAAGGACACCUCGAUAAAGCCGUGGAAUACUUCAUCAGGCAAGCUGAGCUUGCGAGGACGGAACCGGAACUGAUCAACGCGUUGACGUACCAACAUGCUACAUCAUCGCAAUUGGAAUUUUUGAAAAUUUAUCCGGACAUGGCAGCACAACUUAGCCCUCUCGCCAGGGGCAUGUCAUGAAGAAAAAAAAACUCGUCCGAAUACUUUGUGACUAAAUCUGCCACCUAUACUCAUGACCAUCUACUUUAUAACGCCUGUUCUCUGGUAUUCGUCUCAUUCCUAGCUUACAGUUACUGCAAUGCACCCUCUACUCUCGUCGACUGAAACCUGAAGCUGAAGACGCGAUCCGAUCCUGUAAAUUAUGCGUCAUAAUAUGUCAUAAGCUCCAGGGCAUUAUAAAAGGCAAGUCGAAGUUGUAGCCGUAAGCCACGAUGCCUUCACCUUUCAUUCUCGUUCGUCCUGCGUCGCGAGGCCUGUCGUUUGACGCGUCACUUGCUUACUACAACCACCUUGCCGGUCUACGCGACUCAUCUGGCGAGCCGGAAACACUCAAGCAGAAAAUCAUUUCACAGCUCGACGUGGAUCCGGCACGACUGAAUAUCUUACCUCUUGAUCUCGGCAUAUCAUGCGCAGCAGAAAGCCUUGCAGCAUCGCUCAAAUCGCCCAGCGAGGCGA